GGGACCAUGGUUAUGUUGAAGAUUUCUGCUUUCCUUGUUGCUUAUGCCCUGGUCAUUUGCCAGAUGUACAGCUCACAAGCAGCCCCCUCCAGGUGAGACAGACAGACUUGCAGACAGACAUACAGAAAUUACUAAAUUACACUCAGCGCACAUAUACAUCAUACAAGCGUACACACACGCGCGCACACACACACACACACACACACACACACACACACACACACACACACACAUAUUUGUUUAAUCUGAUAUGAGAAUAUGGAUUGGAAGUACCACCAAAUAUAAUUGUAUUAUUUAAUAAUGACAAUUUUGAGGGACAUUUUUGGAGAAAUUCAUAAUUCCUGUGAUAAAAGGAAUAUAAUACAUCAUUUUUUCUGUGAAUUUAGACUACUGAACAUUUUGUAAUUUAGACUACUGUUAAAAAUACAUAAAUUAGUAUGUUCCUUAAUCCAAUAUCACAGAAGUGCACUCCAGUUAAGUGUAAAAGGGCUGUAAUAAUAAAAAAAACACACACAAAAAAUAAGUAAUUUAAUUUAGAAGAGAUAAAUAAGAUAUAUAAAAACAUCCAAGCCACUCAUAAAUCUGAAUUUGGUCACACGUCGGCCCUUUUAGAUGGAGUACUUUUAGCAGAUUACUGUUUUCAAUGUUGGCUAGGGUCCCUUCCAGUCCCACGUCAUACCUUUUAGCCUUAGUGACACUCCGCUCAUGUUAUUUAUAUAUUUUUUUACUGCGGGUGAUAACUUUAGUUUGGUUUCUUAUGCGGAUCCCUGUGCUUCACCCACCCUCUUUCUUCCUCCUCUAGAACGGGCAUAGAGUCCAUGACAGACCGAGUCACCCUUACGGACUACGAGGCAAGAAGAUUACUCAACGCCAUAGUCAAGGAGUUUGUGCAGAUGACAGCCGAAGAGCUGGAGCAGCAAGUGAAUGAAGGCAACGAAGGCAAUAGGUACAGACAACUGCUUCUUCUUCCUUCCUGCAUCUUUAACAUUACCUGAGUUUGCGUCCUAGCUCAGGGCUACCAAUUAAGGGAUUGAUGAUGAAUUAAACGUGAAGGUCAGUAUUGAUGGUCAGAGCUACUUUCAUAUGGAGUGGAAGUGCAUCAACGGUACAUUGACCAAACGUUUUAAACUGAAAUUAAAUCACAAUUUUGUUACCUGUCUGGAGAGACGUCUUUUAGCCACCUUAGCAGUGUGUCCUGCUGGAGUUUAAUUUAAACCAUAUAGAGAGGUAUGUGCUCAGAGAAAUGUUUUCUCUCCAUUUUAAGGAGGUAUAUGCUAAUCCCUCCCAACAAUUUAUCAGUUGUAACAAUCCCGCAUGGAUGAGUUUGAUUUAUUCAUUUAUUUGAAUGGAUGAAUGUUAACAGCCUGUUUGCCUGCUGGAUAUAUUAUAUUAGCGGGGAAUGCUUUUGGGAUGGAUAAGUGCAUGCUGUCAGUUAGAGGAGGCGAAAAGAGUCGCAUGACAGCGGGAAGCUAUACCCGUUCUGUUCUCUUUGGGGUGAUAUGAGGGUGGGUGUGAAGGUAAAAUGGAGUUGGAGCAUGGGGGUUGAUAUGUUAAUGUUCUUCAAGUGAUUGGAAGGGAAGCAUGAUGUUUUGGAAAUGUUCAUUUCUUGCCUAUGACAGCAUGUCUGACAAUGCAUUUUGUAGGGAAAAUGCAUGAAGGAAAGAGGAUAUACAGUACUAACAUGUGUGAGAGAGCGAGAGGGAGUGUGAGUGCGUGUGUGCGGGAGAGAGAGAAACCUGCAUGUGUCCCGCUACUAUGAGCCUGUUUUCUGCAUGUUUAUCUCUCCCUUCUGACAGCAUGGAAAGACCCCUUACCAAGCGCUGCUCUAACCUCAGCACCUGCGUGCUGGGCAAACUGUCCCAGGACCUGCACAAAUUACAAACGUUCCCCCGCACGGACGUGGGCGCGGGCACGCCUGGCAAGAAACGCAGCGCGCCCGAGAGCGAACGCUAUGCAAGCUACGGGGAGACAUUUGACAGCAUCUAACUCUCCGCCCUCCUCCUAUUCCCUCUCUUUUCAUUAUAACGUCCUACUGGUUUUUGUUUGACAAGUCUCAGUGCAUGUGGAUUUUUCCUGCUUGAUUGAGCGAAUCUCCCAUUGCAACCCCCCCCCCCCCCCCCCCCCCCCCCUUCUUCUUUUUUUUUUGACAAUUCCUUUCCGUUUUCGGCAGAGAAUGACAUGUUGUAUCUGAUCAGACAAUCAAAAGUAAAACUCUUCUAAAUUACAAUUAUUCAAAAGAGUGAAUCAAAAUGUAUAGAUUUUUUUCAGUGUGUAUAUUCAUAUAAUUUGAUUGUAUUUUAAAUUCCUGAAAACCCAAAUUCAUAACAUAAGAGAUAACCUAAGUAAUAUUCAACCAUAAUAAAUGGUUUCUUCAUGCCUCACCAUGUUUCUUGUUCAAUAAACCUAUUUUUCUACCAGGAAGCCUUUUACUUUUUUUUCUUAAGAAAUAUAAUAUUAGUACUUAGCUUUAGCUCUUCCAACAACUGCAUUCAAUAUUUUUUCAUUGGAGUAUAGAGUAAAUCAUAGUUAUUUUAGCAUUUCCAAUACCCUUGAACUAUCUCUAAAACCUUCACCAAGUCUCAAGGUAAGUAUUUUAAUUAACCGAACCAUUCUAAGGAUCUAACAUUUUCAGAGACUAUAUUAAUCCACUGUCUACUUUUAUGUGUUUAGUUUUAAUUGUUCUACUCCUGUUAAUGACAAUGACACUUUCAUUUUAUGGAGGUGUCGUAAAGCAGAUGUAUUAAUUACAUUGAAAAUUAUUGCUUGAUUAGAUAAGGAAAAAGUGUAUGUGUUUGAUAGUGUGUGUGUUUGUGCUGACGGUCUGUGCGUGUGCUUGUGUAUGUGUACAUUUGUAAGUGUCUGGCAUGAGUGCGAACACAUGCUUUUGUGCGUCUGUGUACUGUAUGUGUAUGAGGUACGCAGCAGGCUCACUGUUAACCCCGUCUCCAUUCCUGAAGCAGCGUUACAGCACAGAAGCGAGCCUGCAACACGGCCACCUGCGUGACUCACCGCCUGGCAGACUUCCUGAGCCGGUCGGGGGGCAUGGGAAACAGUAACUUUGUCCCCACCAAUGUGGGCUCCAAGGCUUUCGGCCGGAGGAGGAGAAACACCCAGAUGUGA